AUUCCUGUUACACUUUAUACAGUCUGUUCACGCUGUAUGUAUUUGGUUUAUACUUGUUAUUAUCUCUAUGUUUGAUAUUUCCCUGUUUAUAUUACAUGUUUACAUAUCUAUCACUUUUAUUUUACUAAUGUCCCUAUAUUUACUAUUCCCUUAGGUGGUGCCACAUAGAACAUUUCCCCCAUAGUGGCACUAAUAAAUGAGUAUCUUGUAUUAUUAUUAAUAUUAUUAAUAUUAUUUAGCUUUGCCAUCCAUCCAACUCACAUAAUUCAAGAUCUACCUGGAAUAAUGAACUCGUCCGCAUUUUACAGCUUCCUCCGGGACUCUUAUUUUGAAGUCCGACUCAUUUCCGGUGAGCGGCGCGCGAGGUUUGUUUUCGCUGAAGGCUCAAACAAACUAGCUAGCAGCUUCAAGCUCGUGGUAACCAUACGUAGGCAUCGCACUAUAUAUUUCACAGCUUGUGGAUACUUGUCAACACGUUGUCGGAAAUGUUCAUCGCGAUGUGAAAGUCCACGUCCUCCUCCUCCGCCGUCGUGGUGAGUUGGUCGGAGAAACUUUAAAGACGAGUGUGUUUGUGGCGUCUGGUUUGAUUUUUCUGAACGAGUUGUUCGUAGUCAUUUCACCUGAAUAUUAUAUUUUCCUAACAUGGCAACUCACUAUAAGAUUUGCGACGGCCGUGAAUCGAACGUUAGCCAACACAACCGUCUCGACAGUGUGUCCCAAUCAGUGGUACUGUCAAGUUAGCUCACGUCAAAUAACCUAGUUGAUUAGCAACCGGAAGCAGCAGCAGCAGCAUCAGCAGCAGACCACGUCCAUCCUCGGCGAGGAGCCACAUCCGUCACCCUGAAGCCAACUCCGCUGAGUUCAUAUCAGCUUGUGCUUCGUGAGCGGUCAGUCACGACGAGGACUCAACGUGUCCUCGGGUCACACACCUGUGAGGUCUGCACGCGGCACCUGGAAUGGAUUUACCCUCGAAGAACAUGUACGACGCCUUCAAGGAUCACAUCUGGAAAGAGCUGGGGCCGCUGGACCCCGACUGGUUUCAAGUACUGACGGCUCAAACGUUCACCGGUGAGGGAAGUGUCUCGGAUCCGGACGACCUCUGUGCCAACCAAGAGGGACAUUUUAAAACACCUCUGGACAAAGCGGCGCUGGACAGUCAGCUGUUUUCAACUCCCAAGGUCUUCAGACACAGACGAGUUGUGUCACCUGAGACAACCGAGGGCGAGCAGUCGUUCACGCCUGAGCAAGAAAAGGAAACACUGCCAUGGACGGAAACACAAAGUCCACAGUUGUUUCGGGUGACAAAGGAGAGUGUCCCAGGAGCAAAAUAUGGAGGAAUGCGGCAUCAGAAUCUGGAACAUUUUGAUAUGGUUCACACCCCAUCAAAAUCCCCAGUCAGCUAUGCCAAGCAAAUAUCGGAAAGUCUUGGUGCACAGAUUCAUCCUGAUAUCUCGUGGACCAGUUCUCUGAAUACCCCACCAGCUGUGCCAUCCACCCUGAUCUUAUCUAAAACUGACGAGAGUCCCUGUCCAAUGAGCGUUUCUGAAGAUAAAACGGUUGUUAUUGUACGGAAGCUUUUUCCGUCUCUUUCAAAUGGGGCCGGAGUUGCGGCAACAUCACCCACAAACACCGGCUUGCCUUUGCCCCGAGGUGUCAUUUCCCCUGAGGCUGAUCAGAUUCCAGAGUCCCACGGCUCCCCUCAAGAGUCACUGAAUCCAACUGCGAGUGUUUGGAGACAGAAGCUGCCAGAUGCUAUUGAAGGUGGAGAUGUCCGCAGCACCGUAGCAAGUGUCCUAGACGGAGCUGAAAAUGUUCUUUCGAUAUUUUUCUCCAACAGUAGUUCAGCUCUGAGAAAAGUGAAAACUGACAGAGUCAAGAGGAAGCAAAUCAUUGCCACAAAAGAACAUGGCUGCAGCUUCACAGACAUCUUGACUGCUAACAACGCUGCGGUUGCACCCAGUGAACAGAGGACAGAGGAACUGGAACCUGUCGAGCUUUCCUCACCCCCGCAGUUGAAAACUAGAGAUAUUGGAAUCACCCAGUGGUCUCCGUUGAGUUUAUCUGAAAUUCCUCCCUUUACCGAUUCUGCUUGCUGUGAAAAAAGUCAUGCUACACAAGUGGAAAACAACAUUUUAACAGAACGGCCACAGAGUGACUCUGUUUCCGGACAGCUAGUCCGGCUGCCUUUGACGGGCACAUUCUCUGGAUUUACUAAGAGAAAAAGGAAAUUUGUUUACACCAUUGAUACUUCAAGAAUUCAAGGAAAAGAAACAGCGUCUCUGAAGACUGACUCCUCAUCACAGAUUCCAGAUUCUGGAUACAAAGUGAGUGCCGAUCUGUUGAGGAAAGCCCCAGAUGAAGCAGCCUGUCACAGUAUCAGGGAGAAUGAGAAACAAAAACAGAAAAAUGUCACAGGAGAAAAUCUACCUCUCUCUGUUCAACCGAAUGUCCAGGACCUUGACAUGUCGCAGCUCUGCAGGGAUUUUGAACACGACUUCACUCAAACUUCAGACCCUGGUAAACUGAGUGAAGUAGCAAAGGAUAAUCCUCGAAAUGGCUUCUCUCCUUCCGCCUGUCUGUCUGCCAUGAAACAAGCUAAACAGAAAGCAAAACAAGCAAGCGUUCCCCCUGACUGUGAUGGCGUCAGUGUCCGAAGACCUGUUUCUGCUACUAAUCAAAAUGACUCCAUCAACGAGGGCACAGUAAGUGACAGUGGAUUCCAGUCUGCUGUUGCAGAUAUCACUCACCCGACUUCAACGUCGUUUAUUCUUCCCAGCUCAGAGAACAUUGGCCAAAGUCAACAGUGGUCAACCACUGGUACCUACAGGGCGGCUUCUUCUCUAUCUACAAAUACAAGAAAUCGUGGAAAGAAUAAUUUGGAUGAAAUGUUACAAGAAGCUGAAACUGAUGCCAAGCUGCCCGGUGCCAUCAAGGAGAGUCGGACGUUGGUCCCUUGCAGAAAGAAUGAACACACAGAGAGCACAUCGACACAACUACCCGGUGGUGCAAAAGGAAGUGUUACUAGCGGCAUUUGCUUUCCAUUCGAGUGUCAAGUGAAUGAUAGUUUCCCAGAGAAAACAACUGUUAGUCUUCCUUCCGUCCAUGCAUCAGGAUUCAAAACGGCUUCAAAUAAGACGAUUAAGAUUUCCUCAGUUGACCUAGAGAAAGCCAAGCAUCUCUUUGAAGAGAACGAAGCUGAAAGGACUUUUAGUGAUCAGCCAUCAAAAAGAGCCCAUGACACUAAAGAUGAAAUUAGCAUGAGCGACGUAUCAGGGAAAAAUACAAUCCCGAACCAGCCACCUUCUUCAAGAGAACAUUUUGGGGACAUCAGUUGCCAGCUAACAGUGUCACAAAAAGCUGAUGUGACAGAACUGUGCACUCUGCUGGAAGAAGCCGAUAGCCAGUUUGAAUUUACACAGUUCAAAACUGCAAAGCUACAGCAACAUUGUCAAGAUAACGCCACUUCCCCCCGAAAAGUCGACAAAGAACUUGACCCUGAUUUUCUAAUGGGUAUAGAUUUUGACGACAGCUUCGAUGACCGGCGUUCAGAUGCUGAAAAGCACCUGGUAACAGCUGUGAUGCUUGAUAAAAUGACCUUGGUUGCAGAUCAUAAAACAAACUGUGAGACAUCGAAGGUGACAAGUAAAUCCUCAAUGAAAAAAGAAAAUGCCUCUAUUGAAGAUGCUCUUUCCUCCUCAAAGUGCAUCUCUGAAGGCAGUCACGGUAUUAUGUCAGCUGAACCCCAAAAUCUUGACAGGGCCAGGUGCACUGAAACAAGCAAACAGGAGAACAAAAGUCCUUUGAUGCUCGGUGGAGGAUUCAAAACUGCACGAGGAAAUUUUUUGACGGUGUCAAAAGAAUGCCUGAGCAAAGCGAGAGCUUUGUUUGCAGAUUUAGAGGAUAAUCUGACAGAGCAGAAGUCAGCAGGCGAGCAAAGCGGUGACGCUGCUGCUGAAACCGAUCAGAGACAGGUCGUGUGCAUUAAAGAUAACAACGCUGCCAAAAGCUUUAAAAAUGACAAAAUUGACACAACCACGUGUCAAAGUGGGAGAGGGAUUUCUAUUUCAGCAAAAGCUAUGAAAGAGGCAGAUGCUCUCUUCAAAGACUGUGACAUCAGCGAAAAUAACACUGGCGGGUCAGUAAAACAUGAAAAGAACGUUGAACACUUGCCUUCAUUUCUCAGUCACAAGAAAAAUCUUUUGAAAUGUAAAAAUAUUCAAGAAACUGAAGAGAACUUCUCUGCAGAAGGGAUCAGUGAAUUUAAAAAAGGAAAUGCUGGACCAGCUGCGUGCCAUACAGAGGUCGUACAGCACAUUGUGGAGAUGCAAAGUGCUGGUUUGGAGGAUACAAAGGCUUUAACAAAUGCAGUUUCUUCUCGUGGAAACCUGUGUUCGACUGCAAAGACACUUUCUUCUCCCUCGGGCACAGCAUCAAAGAAUUCUGGCUCCUCUGCCGUUAAUCAAUUGAGCAACGGUGGAGGCGGAUUCUGUACAGCCAGUGGGAAGAAAGUCUCCGUGUCGGCUGAUGCAGUGAAAAAAGCAGAGCGCCUUUUGAGUGAAAUUCACACGCACAAGGACACAAACCAACAACUGAAGGGAGAGGCUUCGAGAACGGCUCAUCUCACCAAUCAGUUUCAAGUUGGACGAAUUGAAAAUGGUGGAUUCCAAACAGCCAGUGGCAAAGGAGUCGUCAUCUCGGCUGCAGCUCUCAAGAAAGCAAAGUCAUUGUUAAGUGAGUGUGAAGCAAUUGAGGAUAAGAAGCCCGUUUGUGGUCUUCCAUCCCGCAACAGUGGGUUUCUCGCAGCCAGUGGUAAGCCUGUGGCACUUUCAGCUGCGGCCCUCCAGAAGGCAAAAGCUCUUUUCAGUGACAUAACUGUCAAUGCAGGGAUCCCAGCUGCCUCAGACACGAGGAAAAGUGACAGCAGACGAAACAAUAGUGGAAACUCUGACAAAAUACCUUGUGGUUUCAUGACAGCAGGCGGAACGACUGUCUGUGUGUCUCAGAACAAUCUGUUCAAAGCAACAAACGCUUUGAGAGAGUUUGAUGGUGGUUCUCUUUCAGAAAAAACAAAGCAAGGAGCAAAUACUUUCUUCAAAGACUGUGACACUGAGAACGGCGUCGCACCUGUGAGUGGAGGCAGCAGCGAGCAUGGACAUGGAUGCAGUGAGUUUGAAAACUCGAAUGUGGGAUCAGUUGUAAACGAAGAAAACUUAACGCGUCAUGACAAUGCAGAGAUUCUCAAAGGUGUUUUUAAGAACUCAAAUUCUACCAGUGGAAACCCGUCUUUCAUGGCAAAGCCGCUUUCUUCCCCGUUGUGCACAACAUCAAAGAACACAGGUUCCUCUGCCUUCAGUGGAUUUAGCAAUGGUGUUGGAUUUUGUUCAGCCAGUGGGAAAAGAGUAUCUGUGUCGGAUGAGGCAAUGACAAAAGCAAAAUCGCUAUUGAAUGAAAGUGCUACCUUUCCAGACACAGACAAAAAAUCAAGGGGAAAAGCAGACAACAUGCCACCACAGAUCGGCGGGAAAGAUGUUGCUCUUUCAUUUGCAGCCCCGGAGAAAGCAAAAACUCUGCCAAGUAAAGGAGUUGAGGAUAAAAUCAGUGUGGAGUCAUCACUUGCUAAGAUGCCAGUUUCCUUUUCACCACCCAGGAUCUGUGGAUUUCUUGCAGCCAGUGGUAAACCGAUGGCAUUUUCAUCCGAGGCCCUCCAGAAGGCAAAAGCACUGUUCAAUGACAUCGGUUUUUCAGAGGUCCCAAUUGUUUCAGAUAAAAGGAAGAGUGACAAACACGAAGAUGUAAAAAACAUAAAUUGUGGUUUCACGACUGCAGGGGAUGUAGAAAACAUAAAUUGUGGUUUCACGACUGCAGGGGGAGCAAAAGUUCAGGUGUCACAGAAAAAUCUUAUGAAUGCAAAGAACCUUUUGAAAGAUUUUGCAGAUGGGGAAAGUCCUUCAGAGUCAGAUCUAUCAAAUGUGAAAAAAGCCUCAAAAUCUUGUCUCACUGCAUCGAGAGACAAGGACAUGUUCACUAAGGAAAGUGCCCCUCAGGUAGUUAAAUCUUUUCAGUCUUUGCAAGAGACUGAGCAUGAAAAUGAAACUCUACAAAACUCAACUGUACAUAGUUGCAUUUCUGUCAAAAGAAGAGCAAUUACAGUCACAUCCGAGUUGAAAGAAGGCAAAAUAGUCCCAUCAUGGGAGGGCAACCUCCGUGACACUCCUGUUGAGGAAGCAGUAAACGUGUUGGGCCCUGGAGUAAACCACACCAGCAGCGGUGAGGCGCUCAGGUUCAAAAGCACAGAGGAGUCUUCAUUUCUAAUGUUUCAGUCACUAAACCUCAGUGGCUGCUCGGAAACCCAGCAGAGGUUUUUUGCCCAGGAAGCUCUCGACUGCACUAAAGCUUUGUUGGAGGAUGAGAGUCUGGCUGGCCAAAGUCCCACAGUAGAAAAGGGGCCACUGCAAGAUACAACAAGGUCCAACGACUGGUCUGCAGAGGAACAAAAAGGAAGAGGGAAAAGAUCUGUUGACGAUGCAGAUAUGACGGGUCAGCCUCCGCUGAAAAGACGAUUACUUGACGAAUUUGAUCGGACUGUUGAUGGUCCAAGAGGUUCGACACUUCAUCCGCAAAAAAGUUCCCCAAAUAGUGUAAUGAAAGACAGAAGAGCUUUCAAGUACAGUGUCUCUCCUCAUCCAAACAUCACAAGGCCAUACGGGAGUGGAACAAACUAUGUGGAAACCAAACUGCAAAACACCACACCAACACAACGCUCAGCCUCCGGAGACGGCAGAUCAGCACACUGCAGGGUGCCGGCGUUUGUUCCUCCGUUCCUCAAGAACACAAAGACAGAAACGCACAAGAAUGCAGUUGUCAAAGUCAGCAUAAAGACACCGUCUGCAUUUGUUCCUCCGUUCAAAAAACAAAGAACUGUUGUCCAAGAGAGCUCCUGUAAACCACAGGAGGAGGAGGAUAAACACCAGCAUGUCUGUAUAAAACCCACUAGCAGCAAUAUUUACAUGUCACCCUCUAGAAACACACAAAACAGUGCAGAUGCAACUAGUGAUAAAAGCAAAGAAUACAUUCAAGCGGUGGCCUUGGCUCACACUACAAAUGAUAAUUUGAUGAACAAUCAAAAAGCUCCUGGGGGCUGUGGAUCAGAGGACUCUGCUGCGAUGGCAUCGUGUGACGAGGACACAGUUCACAGAGGCCAAGACAUGUUUUCGAAUCUCGAAAAUGUGGAAAUGGCACGAGAUAUGCAAGACAUGAGGAUCAGGAAAAAGAAGCGCCAGACGAUUCGACCGUUGCCGGGCAGUUUGUUUCUAACCAAAACCUCAGGGGUUCAGAGGAUCCCGCUAAAAGCUGCCGUGGAUGGAAAGCCUCCUGCGAGAUUCACCCCAAAACAGCUGUAUGGUUAUGGAGUGCACCAGCAUGUGUUCGACAUCACCAGCGAGACCUCAGAAACGUUUCGCUUCAAUUUGAAGCACUUCCUGAAACUGGAAGCGUUCAUAGACGGAGGGGGUGUUCAUCUCGCUGAUGGAGGGUGGCUAAUCCCCAGCAAUGAUGGGACUGCAGGAAGAGAAGAGUUUUAUAGAGCAUUAUGUGACACUCCGGGUGUGGAUCCAAAAUUGAUUAGUGUGGAGUGGGCGUACAAUCACUACAGAUGGAUUGUUUGGAAACAGGCCUCCAUGGAGAGAUCUUUUCCAGAAACCAUGAGCAGCCUCUGUCUCACACCAGAGCAGCUUCUCCUGCAGCUGAAGUACAGAUAUGAUGUGGAGAUCGACCACAGUCGGAGGCCCGCUCUGAGAAAGAUCAUGGAAAAGGACGACACGGCAGCUAAAACCCUGGUCCUCUGUGUAUGCGGGGUCGUCUCCAGGGGUCACUCCCCAAACAGACCGAGUCGCAAUGACUCCAAGACUCCACAAGGUGCCAAUGCAAAGGUUGAACCCCCAUUCGCAGUCGUUUGGCUGACAGACGGAUGGUACGCCAUUAAAGCUCUGCUGGAUGAGGCUCUGACUGCCAUGCUUCACAAAGGUCGAUUGGCUGUUGGUGGGAAAUUGAUCAUGUGUGGGGCUCAGCUGGUGGGAUCACAAGAGGCUUGCUCCCCGCUGGAGGCACCUGAAUCUCUCAUGUUAAAGAUUUGUGCCAAUAGCAGCAGAUUGGCUCGGUGGGAUGCUAAACUGGGAUUUCACCGAGAUCCCCGGCCAUUCUUGCUUCCUGUCUCAUGUUUGUACAGCAACGGAGGGCCAGUAGGAUGUGUGGACAUUAUCAUACUGAGAAGCUACCCCAUACAGUGGAUGGAGAGGAAACCAGAUGGGGGAGUUGUGUUCCGUUCUGUUCGCGCAGAAGAGAAGGAGGCGAGGCGAUACAGCAGCCACCAACAAAAGGCCAUGGAGAUCCUCUUUGCCAAGAUUCAAACUGAAUUUGAAAAGGAGCAGAAAGGUAAUGACAAACCUCAACGCAGGAGGCGGACGACAAAUCGGCAGGAUAUUGCAAGUCUGCAAGACGGAGAGGAGCUGUAUGACGCAGUGGGGGAUGAUCCAGCAUACCUGGAGGCUCAGUUGAGUGAACAACAGUCUGAGACCUUACAGACGUACAGACGCUCUCUGAUGGAGAAGAAACAGUCCGAACUGCAGGACCGAUACCGCCGCGCUCUCGAAGCAGAGAACAGUGACGGGAGCUGUCCCAAACGAGAAGUUACACCAGUGUGGAGACUCUGCAUCGCUGACUCCACGGCCCAGCCUGGCUCAGUUUACCAGUUAAAUCUUUGGCGACCUCCCUCAGAUCUUCAGUCUUUACUGAAAGAAGGCUGUCGAUACAAAGUCUACAACCUCACCACGUCAGAUGGAAAGAAACGCAAUGGAGUAGAAAAUGUUCAACUCACCGGGACAAAGAAAACACAGUUUCAGGACCUGCAGGCUUCCCAGGAAUGGUUAUUAGCACGUUUUCAACCGAGGGCUUCAAGCAAUUUUGUGAAUCUUCAAAACCCAGAAUUCCAGCCACUCUGUGGAGAGGUUGAUCUCACGGGAUACAUCAUCAGUGUCAUUGAUGGACUGGGUUCCUCUCCUGCGUUUUAUUUGGCUGAUGGGGAGCUGAACUUUGUUAAAGUGCGCUGUUUCAGCAGCUUUGCUCAGUCUGGCCUGGAAGACGUUGUAAAACUGCGUGUGCUGUUGGCUCUGAGCAACCUGCAGCUGAGAGGUCAGUCCUCAUCUCCCACUCCUGUCGUCUUCGCUGGAGAUCUGACCAUCUUCUCCACAAACCCCAAGGAGGUUCACCUACAGGAAUCCCUAAGCCAACUCAGAAACCUGCUCCAGGUUCAGCAGAACUUUUUUCUUAAUGCUGAAGAGAAGCUUUCACAUCUACUCAAGUCUGAUGGCCUGAGCUCCAUCACUUCUCCCGCUCUCCACCCUCGAACCCCAGCUGCAACGAACCAAAGACAAGACACCAAGACAAGUCUGAUAUCUCAGCAGCCAAUCAGAAGCCUCGGAUCUUUCACACCGGUCAGCAGGAAUCAGCCUGCAGUGACCGCUUCGACAGAGAAAGACCCGAAAAGCCUGAAGAGGAGAAGAGCUCUGGACUAUCUUUCUCGUAUCCCGUCUCCACCGACUCUGUCCCAUCUGGGCCCAGGGACUUCUCUGUGUGUGAAAAAGACAUUCAACCCCCCUCGAAGGUCCGGGACACCAAGCACUUUAAAAACUGUACAGACUCCAGCUCGCAAAACGGUUGUUUCGCCGAUGGAAGAUGAAUGGGUGAAUGACGAAGAACUGGCGAUGAUCGAUACUCAGACAUUGCGUGUCGGCUGAUUUACUGUAGGUACAUGAGACUGAAUGAUGAUGAGUAUGUGACAACUCUGGGGAAAACUGUACAAAUGUGAAUGUAAAGGCUAAAGCUAAAUGUAUAUGGUUCAUAAUCUGUGGUGUUUUAUUUAGUCUCACAGGACUAAUUAAAGUGGUAAACAGUAAAAUGUUUGAUCAUGUCUUAUCUUCUACUGUCUAUUUUUUUUCUCUGUAAAGUUAAUUAGGUUAAACAAAUUCAGAGUUGCAUUUCUUUACUUAAGAUCUAUAAUACUCUACUUUGGCUUUGUUUGAGGACAAAUAACUGAAAGCUGAGCAGCAAGUCCACUCUGUGAGUGUGUAUAUAUGUUUUUGUGUACAGUACCAGUCAAAAGUUUGG